AUGUUGGAAUGGUUUGAUAGCAUGGAAGUCACGUUCAUAAAUAGUGAAUGUCCAGAGGAACUCAAGGUGCGAAGUGCCACUGGUGUUUUCCAAGCCAGGGCACUAGACUGGUGGACUAACGAGAGAAACAUUCGAUCCAAUGAGCUAGCUUACGCGUUGUCUUGGGAAGAGCUCAGACAGCUUAUGAUGGAGGAAUUCUGCCCUCCUCAUGAGCAGCAGAAGUUAGAAGAAGAGUUCUGGACCCUCAAACAAGUUGGGGAUGAAAACCUUGCAUACACUACCCGGUUCAAGCAGUUGUGUUUUAUCGUGCCUCAUUUGGUGUUGACCACAGAACGCACCAUUCGGAAAUAUAUUAAUGGGUUGCCUCCUACGAUGCGUGAUACCAUCGAGGCGGCUAGGUUGGAUAAUAUUGAGGAUGUGUACCGCCUCGCGGCAAGUUUGAAUAAUAAUCGAGUUCGUGAUAAACAAGUCGCAGCAGCAUCUAAACCUACAUCCUCCUCAAAACCCGCUCAUCAAAUCACCCACAACAAUAGGGGAAAGAAGCGUGCUCACCAAUCCUCAGUUUGCAACGCUGUUACACCAGUUGAAAAUCCAAAACCUAACCCAGCAAUCCCAGAAAAGAAGCAAUACACAGGAACAAACCCUAAGUGCACCACUUGCCACUUUCAUCACCCAACUACGAGCCCAUGUAGACACUGUACCUCCUGCAAUCGUUAUGGGCAUUUGGCAGCAUACUGUCGUAAUAACCCAACGGCAGCCCAAAACUCAAAGCCAGCAAAUGUGGUCAGGGCAUGUUUCAAAUGUGGGGAUCCAAAUCACCUACGACCUCAGUGUCCUCAAUUGAGGCAAGAUUUACAGCAGAAGGCACCACAAGGCCGUGCAUUUGUUAUCAAUGCUCAGCAAGCGCGCAACGACAAUGAGGUCGUGAACGAUAAAUGUUUUGUAUCUGUAGAAUUUGAACCAUUGUUAAACUGCACACGCUCAAAACUACCUAAGUCAUUCCCAGUCGAAGUUGCCAAUGGCAAGUCUAUUCGUGUCGAUUCUGUUCUUCGUAAUUGUACUCUCACUUUGAAUGAUCAUGCCUUUUCAAUUGACCUCAUACCCAUGGAGUUAGGUAGUUUCGAUAUCAUAGUAGGCAUGGAUUGGCUUCGAAAGAACCAUGCUGAAAUUGCCUGUUUCGAAAAAUACGUUCGUUUGCCUCUUCCAUCAGGCGAUACCCUACAUAUGAGGGAUUACAUGCAGCAGCAGGACAGAACUAAUGACAGGAUCCUACGAGAAAUUGACAACAUCAAGAAAUUGAAGAGAUCAGCGGAGGAUCACUCUCCUUUGAUGCCGAGAUCACUGAAUUUCGACCCUCCAGUCACAACCGCCCAGCACUCUACAGCAUCAGGUGUCCAGAUUCUGAUAGAUGGAGGAAGCUCAGUGAACAUCAUUCAAGUUGAUGUCCUUAAGAAGAUGAACAUCUCUGAAUCAGAAAUUAUCCCAAGAUCAUCAGUUCUUAUUGCUUAUCCUGUUGUAAUGUUAAUUAUACUUGGCAGGCCAUGGAUACAUGACAUGAAAGCGGUUCCGUCAACGUAUCAUCAAUGUGUGAAACUCCCUACUCCAUGGGGUGUGGUGAAAAUAGAAAGUGACCAACAGGAAGCCAAGAAUUGUUACACUUCAUCCAUGAAGCCAACUCAAGACCCAUGGAGCAAUAGCAAUUAA